UAUUAAUUGCUGUGGCAUGUGUUGUCAGUUACUUCUUGUGGAAUUAUAUCUAUCGAACAUAUCUUCUGGAAAAAAUCAAUCUGCCAGGUCCAAAAAGAAAUUUCAAUUUCUUUCCUAAAACUCCUAAUGGAAUAUUAGAUUUGAUCAAUAUGAUGACGAGGCAGUAUCCAUCUCCAUUUCAAAUACAAGGGUACUAUAUGCCCGUAGUUGUUAUAUCUGAGCCAAACCAAAUAAAGACUAUCUUACAACACCGAUAUUGCUUAAACAAAGGCAGACUAUAUAAAUUUGCAGAACCAAUAUUGGGCAUGGGAAUAACAACAGUUUCCGAUUCUGUAUGGCUUGAACAUCGAAAAAUAAUAGCACCAAGCUUUAAUUUGAACAUAUUGCGAAAAUUUUUUUAUACAUUUGUUAAACAUUCUUUUAUAUUAGCAAAUAAAUUAGAAAAAGUUGGAUCAAAUGGAAACGAAAUUAUUUUGCAUAAACAUCUAACAUCGAAUAAUAUGGACACCGUAUGUGCUAUGAUGGGCAUUGAACUAGAAACAAAUAUAAGAAAUAAACUUAUUGAAAAUAUUGAAAGAUUUAAAGAUAUUCUGAGAUAUAGAAUACAUUCGUCGUUGGUAAAUCUAUUUAUGAAUUUUGAUAUUAUAUUUAAAUUCACUACUUUAGGACGCGAACAACAAAAGAUUAUAAAAUCAGUGCAAUCUUUGGUUAAUAAGCAGCUGCAGCAAUUGAACAAAUUGCAUUCAACAGAGACGGAACCUAAUAAAAUUAAUAAAACAAUUUACAGAUCAGGUAAAUUGAUGGAAAUAUUUCGUAAAAAUAACGUUACGAAAAAAUUAAUUCGCGAUAACGUUAAUACGCUGAUUAUAGCGGCCAGUGAUUCAAUCAGUAUUACGUUAAAUUUUGUUUUCUUCAUGUUAGCAAAUUUUCCAGAAAUACAAGAUAAAGUGUAUAAGGAAUUGUUGGAAAUUUAUGGUACGAAAACGCCAAUGUCUGCACCAGUUAAAUAUGAAGAUUUACAACAUAUGCAUUAUGCAGAUCGAGUAAUUAAAGAAACAAUGAGACUUUUUCCUGCUUAUCCCAUAAUUAGUCGACGGCUAAGUAAAGAUAUAAAAAUAGGAGAUUAUAUUUUACCGAAAAAUACUGAUAUUGCGAUAGCACUUAUGCAGAUGUAUCGAAAUGAAAAGUACUGGUCGAAUCCAUUGAAAUUUGAUCCAGAUAGAUUUCUACCAGAAAGAAUAAAGGAUUGUCAUUCGUAUUAUUAUAUCCCUUUUAGCGAUGGACCAAGGAAUUGCAUAGGUCCAAAAUACGCAAUGAUUUCUAUGAAAGUUAUCCUAGCUACUUUGAUACGGACAUUUGCAUUUAAAGUAGAUAAAAGUGUUGAGAUAAAUAAGAUAAAAUUAAGGACAGAUAUAUUAUUAUCUACUGUUGAGCCUUUAAAAGUCAGAAUUGAAAAACGGGAACUUUAAUAAAAUAGUGCAAGAAUAUGUUAAAUAAAAGAGAAUAUCCUUUGAAUAAAAUUUUUGCGUGUGAAUUUUGAACAAUUUAAAUUAUUUUUAAGUAUAUUUGAUUUUUGAAUUAGAUAAUUAUAUUGUGAUGAGUUAGCACGUCAUAAUAACAUGCUUACCACGUUUAGUGCAGGCAGGGAUCGUACUUGCUGGUACGUGGCGUAGCAUUUUGAUAAAACGAAAAAAAUUUAUAAUUCUUUGUAUCGUUGUGUCAGAGAAGAUAGAGUAAUAAAAUAUUU